AAACCAUACAUUCAUUUUGGGCCACAUUUCACACCAAUUGGUGACCAAUUGAUGAAUGCGUUAAUUGUGUGCAAAUCGAGACAAUACACGACAACAUUGACACAAAUGGCCAAAACUUUGCAAACUCUAGUCUUUGACAACAAAGCCCUCCGACGGCUGCCGUUGGAUCCGAUUGAAGACAAUUACGUGCGGACUGUAGACAACGCCUGUUUCUCUCGGCUCAGACCGACUCCGCUGUCUAAUCCACGGCUCGUCUCGUAUUCAAAGUCUGCGCUAAAUCUGAUUGAUAUCGACGACGAAGAGGUGGCGAAACAUGAUUUCGUUGAAUACAUGUCGGGAAACAAACUGAUGGCCGGAUCGGAGACGGCCUCCCAUUGCUAUUGUGGCCAUCAAUUCGGGACAUUUGCGGGACAGUUAGGCGACGGCGCUGUCAUAUAUUUGGGCGAAAUAGUGAACAGUUGUGGCCAGAGAUGGGAACUGCAGCUGAAGGGCGCGGGUCUGACGCCAUACUCACGUGAGGCGGACGGACGCAAAGUGUUGCGGUCGAGUGUCAGAGAGUAUCUGUGCAGUGAAGCGAUGCACAGUUUGGGCGCUCCGACCACUCGGGCGGCCACUUGUAUCCUCUCCGAUGACAAAGUGGUUCGCGAUAUGUUUUAUACGGGAGAACCCACUCUUGAGAACUGUUCCGUUAUCUCAAGACUCGCCCCCACUUUCAUACGGUUUGGUUCGUUUGAAAUCUUUAAAACUGUGGAUCCAAUGACUGGUCGUCGGGGGCCGAGUGUUGGCCGUAAAGAUAUUCUGAUAUCGCUAACUGACUACACGAUUGAAACGUUUUUCCCCGACAUUCAUAACCAGAAGAAUAUAUCGAGUGUUGAGAAAUGCAAACUGUUUUACAAAGAAGUGGUGAAUCUGACGGCAAAAAUGGUUGCAUUUUGGCAGACCAUAGGCUUCUGUCACGGAGUGCUUAACACCGAUAACAUGAGUAUAUUGGGUCUGACCUUAGAUUACGGUCCGUUCGGGUUUAUGGACCGUUUCGAUUGGGAUCACGUGUGCAAUACCUCGGAUGACGGCGGCCGCUAUUCCUACGCCAAACAGCCAGAGAUCUGCAAAUGGAAUCUCUCGAAGUUCGCGGAAGCGCUUCAACCGAUUGUGCCAUUGAAUGAAACGAAAGAGAUUCUCGACAAUAAUUAUUACAACACUUAUAACACCGAAUACAGGGAUAAGAUGUUGAAGAAAAUGGGAUUAACUAUAAGUGUGGACAAGACUAGUAGAGACCUAUUAAGUGACGAAGAGUUGAUCCAAUCAUUUCUCAAUACAAUGGAGAAAACGGGCGCCGAUUUUACAAAUAGCUUUCGAGCGCUCAAUCUAUUAAUGAGUAGCGGUUUACCCGACCAUAAGCAGAGUAUCGAUCACUUAAAGACUGAACUCUUAUCGCAAUGCAGUUCUUUGGAGGAGAUAAUCGAUGCCAACGAAUCCAGUUUCGAUUCGCAAGAAUUUCAAUUAUUUCUCGUUUUAUUGCAAACAAAUCCACAGCUUUUGGAAAUGUUAGGCAAAGGACCCAAAGCUAUAGAACGGGUUUUGGCAAAGAUUGAGAAGACAAAGGAACUGAAGACAAUGAAUUCUGAACAGAAGCGAGAAGAAGACACAGAGCAGUGGGACAAGUGGUUAGAGAGUUAUAUUCUUCGUAUUGAACACGACGUGAAAGAGUUUGCCAACGAUUCGCAACGAUUGCAAGACUAUAACAAUACACGCAUUCAAACAAUGAACGAAAAUAACCCGAAAUAUGUUUUGCGAAACUAUUUGGCCAAAGAGGCGAUCGAAAAGGCAGACAAUGGAGACUUCAGUGGUGUUAAUAAUUUGCUAAAAGUGUUACAAAAUCCGUACAAUGAUUGCGCCGAUGAGACCGAUGGCGACAAACACUACUGCAAAAGACCUCCUCUUUGGGCAAACAAAUUGAAAGUUUCGUGUUCUUCAUAGGUCUUCAUAGGGCUAACUAUUUCUAUAACUUUGUCUACUUUUUAGAUAUAUUUCCACUCAUUUUAGUUUACUAUUAGUGCAGUGUUUAUAACAAUUUUCUUAUCAAAAUUUUAAUUAUGACAAUUUGAUUCUCACUUUUAUAUAUUAAUUCUAAUUCUAACUAAUAUUAUAUUUACUGAAAUGAAGUGAUUUAUAAGGAAACGACAUUUUAAUGAACGAAUUUGUUGUCUGAUUGUAAUUCUAAACCAUUUAAAAAUAAUUAUUAUAUAUUAUUGAGUGUUUGAUUGAAAGCGUAAAGUGAAUGGAAGUAAUGGAAGACAUUGUUAUGGUUUAUAUAAUGAUAUUUUAUACUACAAUACAAAGCCAUUUGUUGAGUGCAAUAAACGAUAAGCGAUUGAAAAGACAGCGAAAUGGAGUCGAAUCCAGACAUCGGUUAGCAAUUGAUUGAUAAAAAGUGCUGUAAAUUUGCUUCCCUUUUGUUGUAUAGAAAAAUGUAUGAAAAAAUGAAAUGAAUUUACAAAUAAUUAAAUCAAAAUUAUAUAUUUUUUAUAUAAA